AAUAGCAAAAUUCUAGAAAGAGAAAACACAUACAAUAAUGUCAUCUUGGUUCUCUCUUCCCAAAAAUCCUUUCAAAUCCGACGACGACGACGAUGAUGACGUCAUCACCGGCGGCGAGAAACCGUCGGAUCCGAAUUCGUCCGGCAUAAAAGAAGAUUUCUCAGCAAUUUCCAAUACAUUCUCCCACCAUCUCCGUGGAGUCGCCGCUUUCCUGACUCCAACAUCACCUACUCAGUCGUCCGAGCAAAAAUCUUCUUCGGAGCAACAAUUUAGUGGAAUUAAGAGCGAUUUAGUUGAGAUUGGAGAUAGUUUUAAAUCAGGAUUCUCUUUGUUUUCUUCGAAAUUGUUGGCUUCGAAUUUGUUGCAGUUUAGUGAUGAGGUAAAGGAUCGUGAAAAUGAUGAAUAUGAAGAUGAAGAUGAAGAUGAAUAUGAUGAUGAGGAUGUUGUUGGUGUAACGGAUGAAGUUGUGGAUUUUGUUACUACGAUUUCGCAACGGCCUCAGUUGUGGACUGAUUUUCCAAUCUCUUUACCUACUGAUUUUUCCAUGUCUGAUAGUCAGAAAGAACAUGUGGCAUCCAUUGUGCAGUUUGUGCCUGGACUUGAGUCCUUGAGGCAGAAGGUUUGCCAUGAAUUAUCUGAUAGGCAAUUUUGGAUGAUCUAUUUCGUUUUAUUGCUUCCAAGGCUGAAUGGGAAUGACUUGGAGCUGUUGUCAACUCCUGAGGCAAGUUUCUCUCUGAUAAGUUAAUAUAUCAAAUAACGUUUUGCCCGCAAUUCUUUUAUAAAUUUGUGAGCAGACAGCCGUCAAGUAUCAAAUAUUUGUUUAACUAUGGAGAGAGAGUACCAAAUGGAAAAAAGGGAUUUUGAAGUUAACUAGAAGCAAUGUUGUCAAAAGCGGAAAGUGCACAAAAGCGAGAAGUCCCAUGGGGCUUGUAGCGAAAAGUGAGAAGUGAAGCGCACACUUUUCAAUUGAAGUGCACUGUUUAAGUAAUUAAAAAUUAAAUCAUAUUACAGUUAACAUAACAAAUUCAAGAAUCGAAUACACAAUAUAUCGCUGAUAUUAAUCCAAUUCCUCGGUGUUGAGAUUGAAAGAAUUAGUCAUUUCUAGUUGGGAUCACUCUUCGUGUCAUUAUUUGAAGUGCACAUUUCUCUAAAGCACAUGGCUUCAACUAAUUGCUUUAUUGCUUUAAGCGAAAAAAAUGAUGACUUUUAAUAACACUGAUUAGAAGAGUUUCUCAUUGGCGCAGUUAUUAGAACAGAAUUGAGAGAAAAGCUUUGACUUAAUUAGUCAUUGUUUGUAAGUCCAACAUGUGAGAAACUAGAUGGAAAGUGAAGAAAGAACUAAGAAAUCCCAAAAUAAUCCGAAAUAUAUCAUCCUGGAUAUUGAUAAUCCUUCAAGUUUACAAAAUUGGGUCACUUUCUAUCCAUAGUUAAAAAUAAAUGCCAAGAGAAUAAUGGAUAGGUGACUAUUAUUAAAACCUCAAAACGGUUGGCUAUUAGAAACAGAGCAGUUCAAUAGUCCUUCAAGUUUACAAAAUUGGGUCACUUUGUAGUUGAUAAGAAAUGGAUCUUAGGCCUAACCCAAUCCUAAAAUCUAGCUCAUGACGUGAGCAUUGCCCAAGAUCAUAUAAGGAGAUCAAUAACCCCAUCCAUAGUUGAUGUGGGGACUUUAGACACCCCUCCUCCCCGCGCACCCGUGCCUGCCAACUGGAGCAUGGACAACAUAAUGUAGGGGCCCAACAUCAGAUGGCUAAUCCAGCCCAAAAAUACUCUUAACAUGGUAUCAUAUUGUCCUCUUGGGCCAAGCCCACAAGGUUUUCCUCAAAAGGUCUCACGCCAGUUGUCAAGUUUGGGUGUGUGAGUAGGGAUAGUGUUAAAAGUCCCACAUUGGCUAUGGAUGGAGUUGUUAGUCUGCUUAUAUGAUCUUGAGCCCUUUUGGGAUUGAGUUAGGUUCAAGUUACAUUUCUCAUCAGUAGUAUACUUAUUAUUUUUUUAUUUUUUUGAUGAAGUGGUUUGUUAUUAACAAAAGCAUCAAGAAGAUGCAUAGUUACAAAAGUGGAGGAAAAAUGAGCUCGUACAAAGAUAACAAAAAGACUAUCAUAAGACUAAAGAAUUGAUAAAAUCCCAAAGGGAGUCUGGGUUAUGCACAGGGGUAAGAUUAACCCAGCUAAAGAGACUAAUCGGGCAUCUGGCCUUGAGUUUGGAACUGGCAGUUGAAAUACCAUCAAAACAUCUAUACGUUACCUUCUCAA